UGCGCCUUGUCAUAUUCAGUCAUUGAAUGGUCAAAGAUUCAUUAAUUUACAAAAUCGUAUAAAUAGGGCCAGCGCUCAAGUGUUGAACUGUGAUAAGUUUAUUCUAAGGUUGUAGUGAGUAAUCUAAUGUGCAUAUAAGUGAAAAAGUACAAUAUCAAGAUGCUUAUCAAAGAAUAUCGUGUUACCCUUCCAUUAACAGUUGAAGAGUACCAAGUCGCACAGUUGUACUGCGUGGCUGAGGUGUCCAAAAAUGAAACCGGCGGCGGCGAAGGAAUAGAAGUUAUAAAGAAUGAACCAUUCAAGGACUACCCUCUUCUCGGGGGGAAAUAUUCAUCUGGCCAAUACACGUAUAAGAUCUACCAUUUGGCGUCAAAGGUGCCCGCUUUCAUCAGGCUACUGGCGCCCAAGGGCUCUCUGGAGGUGCACGAAGAAGCGUGGAAUGCCUACCCUUACUGCCGGACCGUGCUUACGAAUCCCGGAUACAUGAAGGAGAACUUUGUUAUCUGCAUAGAGUCCCUGCAUUUACCUGACGCCGGUGACCAAUACAAUGUCCACGAACUGCCGCCGGAGAAGCUUAAAACGCGCGAAGUCGUCAACAUCGAUAUCGCGAACGAUCCCAUGUCGCCGGCGGACUACAAGCCGGAGACGGACCCGACCAAGUUCAAGUCGAGCAAGACGGGCCGCGGACCGCUCGUCGGGCCCAACUGGAAGAGCGAGGUGAAGCCAGUCAUGACGUGCUACAAGCUGGUCACCGCCGAGUUCAAGUGGUUCGGUCUGCAGAGCAAAGUUGAGAAUGUGAUCCAAAAGUCGGAGCGGCGGUUGUUCACUAUCUUCCAUAGACAAGUAUUCUGUUCCAUGGAUGACUGGUACGGAAUGACAAUGGCGGACAUUCGCGCCAUCGAAGACCGCACUAAAGAAGAAUUGGAGAAGCUCCGCCGUGAAGGCGAAGUGCGCGGUAUGCGCGCCGAUAACGAGUAAACGCGCGAAAAGUGCCACGGAUCUCUCACUGUGAAGUUUGCUGCAAGUUGAACGCAUACAUUUGGCCCGCGGCGACUUCACACCGGAUGUUGCGCUACGUACGUUAUGGACGCGGCAACUUCAUAGCGAACGAGGCCAAGUCUACGCGUGUAAUACUCGCGGCAACUUCACAGAUAAUGUGGCGUAUAGUGUAUGCGUGUCGUACUCGCAGCAACUUCACGGCAAAUGUGGCGGUGAACACGCGUUAGUGAAUAUUCGAAGAGUCCUAAGUGCAACAGUUCUAUCAGAUAAUUUAUUGAAAUCGAUGUGUUUACUUGUCAUGUUAAAUCCUUUUUUUUUAUAUUCGUCUGAAAUUAUAACCGCCAGAAACAAUAAACUUUUAAAAUAAAUGCAUUUCGUAACAAAGUUUAUGUUUUAUAUUACAUAGACAAGAUCAACAUUUCAUUUUAAAUGAUCUGACAUAAGCUCGCAUCGGUGAUGAGUUGUGAUUGGUGUUUCGGAAGAGAAAGCGCGCGAAGCUCGGACUCUAUGUAUUCACUUAUGUGUUGUAUUCAUAUGCGCGAUGAAACAUUGAGCGCAUGAAAAGAUUUUUAAUCACAAUUGUUUUUAAUAUCAUAGCAAUUUUUUCAUCAGCUGUCUAGAUUUGAAACUAUAAAAAUAAUUAAAUUACUUAAGUAUAAUAUAAUGCAACACUGAUGUUUGCUUGUCAAAACUUGGCGCUCAAUAUUUCCCGCGCUCGCACAAUGUCCAAGCUUCAAGUGAGAUUGUAUUAAUUCCAAUAAAACGACUGCUGGCAGUCUGUAGCUAAUUAUUUAUUAUGACGUAUGAAUUGUUUAGUAAAAUGUUACAUAUAGUUGAUUGUUUCACUUGAGUAUAUUUUAUGUAACAUCUAUAUGUUCCGUUUUUACGUAGACUUUGUUCAUACAGAUGUUAUGUAUGAAUCUGACAAUAGUUGAGAAAUAACCCAAUAUGAACAAUCUCACUGAAACUUGGGCAUACAUUACCAUUUAGCAAAAUAAUUUCAUUGAAAUGUGGUAUAGAUACUAUUUAAAGAAUAAAUAAGUCAAUGUAGUCAGUGGUUGUAGGUAGUGUCGACGUUACCGAAAUAAAAAUAUUCGAGUUACAUUUUUUGGAGAAAUACUUAUUAGCAACGAGAUUUUGUGAGAGUAUAUAAGCGGCAUUUAGGUCAGAUUUUAAAUAUUUCGCUGUUUAAGUAAUAAAUACUUCUAUGUAUAAACUUCCUGUGUAGGCGGGCAUUUGGCUGUUGUGUAUAAUACGAUAGAUAUUUGAAAGUAAAUUUGCGUAUUAGUCACAUAGUUCCGACUCGUGGAAUGUUAAAGUUAUUUAUAUGUCGGUGCAAUAUUUUUUUGUCAGUAGCAAAUUAUUAUGGGAAUUUUGAAAUUAUUGUCAGACGAGGUGUUGCAAGGUUUAAUACAUAAAUGGUUGACGGUAAUUCUGGGACUACUAACUCGGGCUACGGUUAGCAUCGACCUCGAAACGGGCGCGUGAUGUAUAUUUAUAUAAUUAAGUUUGUUAUUUAACAAAUCAGUAUUCUGAAUAUGUGUGACAUUCCAGAUUCCGAUUGAUUAUAUUUGUGAGCAUAUAUUGUUUCGCUGUUCUACUAUUCGAUAGCUCUCUGUACGAGAUCCGACUUCAUCAACAAUAUAAUUGACGAUUGAAAUAGGCGGCGACAC